AUGGAGGACAAAAAGUUGCAGGUAUAUCACGAGAGACAGAGAUUGCAGUUUUGCCUCUUACACUCUCUCAACAAUCUAUUUCAGGAAAAGGAGACAUUCUCUAGGACAGAUUUGAAUGCCAUUGCGGAAAAAUUAGUUCUUAAUGAUCCAACCACGGGAACUUGGACUCCAAUGUCUGUAAUUUUCAAGCCUCAUCAUAAUGCACUUACUGGAAAUUACGAUAUAAAUGUUUUAAUAGCUGCACUUGAAGGAAAAGGGAAAAGGGUGAUAUGGCAUGACCGGCGUAAUGGAGCUUCUUCAAUUGAUCUUGAUGGGCCUGAGGGUACAUUAAUGGGUAUUGUGCUUAAUAUUCCAGUUAGAAGGUAUGCCGGUCUUUGGAAAGGUAGACAUUGGGUUGCUUUGAGAAGAAUUGAGGGGGUUUGGUAUAAUCUAGAUAGUGAUUUUGCUGCUCCUCAGCCUUUUAACGAUACACGAGAAGUUAGGGAGUUCUUGGACAGUAUUGUUUCUGCUGGUGCUGAGGUUUUGCUUGUCAUGAAUGAGAAAGAGGAGUUUAACUUUGCUACUAAUUGUACUUGGCAAGAUUGACAAGCCGCUCUGUUGAUGGCAUACCAUUAGACUAAACAUUUGCAACAUUUGAUUGACCAUGGGUGAUAUACAGAGUGGAGCAGAAGUUCAGAUAUCUAGCACUGAGGGUGCUGUUGCUACAGAUAGUCAAUAAGUCACUGUUGUUACAAAUUUGAGCUGUCAGCAUUGCCAGGAUAUGAUGACCGUGUUUUGAUGAAAAUGUCAUCUACAGCUCUAAAACCUUGGAAAUUUGCUCCAUACGUUUGAUGGUUUACUGGUUAGUGCAACAAUUUUCUACAGUUUGUACCUAUGCUUCUCUUGUUCGUCAUUGCAUUUUGUCUGUUGACUUAAUAUAAUUUUAUGUUUGAAGGACGAAGUUUUAUCCAAAAAGAGUUGCUUUGUGUGAUAUUGUAUGGUUUUGAGCACUUG